AUGAUAAACUUUGUAUUUUUUUCAGGUUUUCUAAUUUCUAUAGCCAAGAUGAAUUAUUACAAUUUCUACUACCAGAAUGCUGACUAUUUCUAUGGAAGCUACACUUCAGAAGAAAACAAGGCGUGUUUGCAAAAAAAAUGCUCACACGCUUGCUUAAGAAAUAAAGGUGUGGAGAGUUGCUUGUGCCCUGAUGGUCUAGAGCUAGACAAAGCAGCACAAGCAUCGUGUGUGGUUCCCUACUACCCAUAUGGUGAAGCAGCUGGUGACCUGAGGCUGGAAAAUUCUGGCAAUGCCAACCCAGCGUCUGCCGUUUUAGUUAGCAAUGCCAUCAAGUUUAGCUCUGGAGCUCCAUUUGGGGAUACACACCAACCAGCAGCUUAUGUUAUGUCCAAUGGAGUUUUUGGUUUUGGCGAUAAACCAAACCCAAGUGGAGUGGCUGACCUCAAUUGGGCUACUGAAAAAGGAUUGAACUUUGUUGCUCCAUACUGGACAGAUAUGGACCCGACAAUAGGUCAGGUUUACUAUCAGACUUAUGAAAGAUUUGGAUCCAUUUUCCCUGAUUUUGAAAGCAACAAAGAGUCGCCCAACUUGAUGUAUGUGUUAGCCAGAGCAGAAAAAGAUGUCAAAGAAAAUUUCUUUCUCACUGGUUUUACUGCUAUAAAGGUCAUGGUCAUUACAUGGGAAAAUGUGGCACCAUUUUCUCUCAAGGCAAAGAAAUCAGAGUACAAUACAAUCCAAGCAAUUUACAUCACAGGCUGGGAAACUGCGGUAGUCAAAGGCGUAAGAACUUACACUAAUGAAGAGUCAGCUUUUGUCCUUUUCCAUUACCAGCAAGGCAACAUGAACUGGAAUUAUGUUCCAGGGAGACAAAUCAGUAUUGGCACAUCAGGGGGAAAAUCACAAAAUAACAUGAAAGAUUUAAACUCACCUGUUGUGACGAAUUUGGAUAAAAUGCAAACUAAUGAAGGCAACCAAGGCAUUGUAGGCUACGUAGUUGGUAAAGUGAGUGGCCCAGAUGUCACCUGUCUACAGUACCUGUCCAACUACAUCUACCUGCUGGAUGAUGUUGUGUUUUGGCAUGAGAGGCAGCAGCUGUACAAGUGCCCAUGCACCCUGGAGAGGCUGGGCAACCAGUGGCAGUUGUAUGAGAAACGUGGGGCCAAUGGUGACAUUUAUUGUUACGCCUUGAGUCAGGUGGCUAAAAGGAGGUUGAUGUCAAGCAACACCAGGAAUAUGCUAUGCUGCUACAAGUGGAAAAAGUCUGUCAGCACAGAUUGGAAACAUAAAAUAUUUUCUAUUUCUAUGCUGCUACAACUAUGUUGCUACAAGUGGAAAAAACCUGCCAGCACAGAUUGGAAACUCUGGCUCCAAACCUGGAGGGAAGCUGCUUAUCUCCCACCAUCUCCUGAAUCUGGACAUCUUUUAAUCACUGACCCCUGGUCAGUUGGCUCCUUUGGCUACUAUAAGGCUUUGGAAAAUAUUCAUACGCAUGAGCUGUGCUGCAGUCAGGCCAGCCAAGCCAAAUACUGUGAUAGUUUUUACAAAAUAUUUGCUGAUAAGGGAUGCUCCAACUUUGUUCUUUUUGUGCCAGCCUCAGCGCUGGGUGACCCUACAAUAACAACACUGGAUGGUCUAAAUUAUGCCAUGAAUGGUUGGGGAGAGUAUUGUAUGAUGAAAGUUGACAGUGAAAAUUUUAUCAUUCAGGCUAGAACAGGCAGAGUUGAAACGGCUGCUGGAAAUUUAUCUAGUGCAACUGUUUUUAUUGGAUUUGCUGUUAAAGAAUCUACAACAACUUUCCAAAUUCUUUUAUCACCUUCUAAUACAACAAUGGUACUAACAGCCAAUAGCAUAGACAUCACAAAUGACUUCUACAGAGAUUCUGACUCAGAUAUUAUCCUCUCUAGUGAUUCACUACAAAUCACAAGAGAAUAUAAGAGCAAUAAAACUUUUGCUGUUGUCAACUUCAUCUGUGGGGUGACAAUUCAUGUGCAUGUUGCUGUAAAAAGUCUUGAGAUUAUGUUUGAAGUCCCUAAAGAUCUUCAGGGUAAGACUAGAGGCCUUUUGGGAAAUUUCAAUGGUGACAAGACAGAUGAGUUCAUUACUCCUGAUGGCCAGGUGCUUUCUGCAAACUUGAGUGAAAGGGAGAUAUUUCAGCAGUUUUCUCAAAAAUGGGCUGUGAACAACUUGACAACCUUAUUUACACAUGGACCAGGAGAAAAAGCAGAAGAUUUCCAGCACCCAGAGUUCACUCCCAUGUUUAAAGAUGAAGCUAAGCCUGAAGAUGUGGCCAAAGCUGUUGAAAUUUGUGGAGAUAAAAAUGAUGCUUGUAUUUUUGAUUUCCUGGCCACUGGUGACCAGGCAUUUGCGGAGAAUACAAAAUCUUUCAGUGAAGAGAUGGCGGUGACAGUUGAAGUAUUAGCUAACAACCCACCAAAAGUGUAUUUGUUGAACGACACUUUAAACAGCAAUGGUCGAUGGAUGGUCAGCCAAGGAUCAUAUUCCACAAUCCAUCCCAUGGCAGUGGAUGAUGAUGGGGACUCUGUAACAUUUGAACUUAUUGGCAACUUUAGUGGAAUAAGCAUUGAUCUAACAGGACAAAUAACAUACAUGCCUGAUAUAAAAUACCCAGUACUUUUACAAGUCCGAGUUAAGGACACCAAAGGAGCUUACUCUCCUGUACUGUACAUACCUAUAACAGUGUGUCCAGCUUGCAGUGGACAUGGUCAGUGUAACACCAACACAACUAGAACAGAGGAGUACUACAAUGGAAGGUUCCAGAUUCUCACCUGUGAUUGUUGGCCUGCUUACAAAGGCGAAGAGUGUGAUACAGAGCUCAAUGCCUGUGCUGUUGAGCCAUGCUCUAGGGGACAGAACUGUACUGAUCUUACUGCAGCCCAGCAGGGAAACAACUCUAUUGGAUAUGUUUGUGGCCCUUGCCCUGUUGGCUUUGUGGACAUGAGGAUGAAAUGUGUUGAUAUUGAUGAGUGCAAUGACACCCUGUCAUGUGAUCAACUUUGCACCAAUACAGAAGGAUCAUAUACAUGCGGCUGUCAGUCUGGUUACAGGCUAGAUCAUAUUGACAAGAAAACAUGUUUAGAAAUCAACGAGUGUGAAGAAAGAACUUCAAACUGUCAACACAAAUGCAUCAACACAAAGGGUAGCUACUCUUGUUCUUGCCUAGCAGGGUACACACUUGAAGCAGAUGGAUUCACUUGCACUAUUGAUGCGCAGUUGAAAGACGUCUGCUCUCAGUGUCAACAGGUGUGCAGCAUAACCAAUGGUCAGGUCAACUGUACCUGCAAACUUGGCUAUGAAGUUGAUCCAGACAACCCACUAAACUGCAGAGAUGUGAAUGAAUGUGAGUUUGCAAGUAGACCUUGCAGCCAGAGCUGUGUCAACAAGCCAGGCACCUUUCAAUGCUCCUGCUACAGUGGUUUUACACUAGCACCAGAUGGCUUGUCCUGUACAGCUUGUACAAUACCUCAGUUUGGAAUGAACUGUGAGAGCACUUGCCAGUGUAGUGGCCAUGGGUCAUGUGACACCAUCAGGGGCUGUGUGUGUGACAACAACUGGUCAGGUGACCACUGCGAUGUGGAUGUGGAUGAGUGUGCCCAAUCCACUAGUUGUCCAGAGGGUUUUUUGUGCAAGAACAAGAUUGGGUCAUUCAGCUGUCUAUGUCCAGAUGGUUAUAAGCUUGACAAUGGCACCUGCAUAGACAUUGAUGAGUGUAAAGACAUUUCAACCACUACAAACUGUGACAGAUCUUUAGAAGUUUGUGUCAACACAGUGGGAAGCUACAGCUGCUCCUGCAAGAAAGGAUAUGCAAGGAAUGCUCAGUCAAUUUGUGAAGAUAUAAAUGAAUGUGAAAAGAAAGUAGACAAAUGUGAACAGAUAUGUGACAACAAGCCUGGCUCCUACAACUGUUUGUGUCAACAAGGUUUUUAUCUCUCUGAUGACAGGUGGACCUGUGUCAAAGUGAAAGACCCUUGUGUUGGUCAAAAGAUCAACUGCAGCUACGGGUGUGGUGUUGAUGCUGAUAAUGUGGCCACUUGCUAUUGCCCAAGAGGUUUUCUACUGAAAGACACUGAGCUCUGUGCAGAUAUCAAUGAAUGCCUGUCAGACACUGAUAAUGACUGCACCAUUAAAAGCAACUGUGUCAACACUGAUGGCAGCUACACAUGUUCAUGUCCAGCUGGGUCCAAACUGGACAAUGAUGGCCGCUCUUGUAUAGCUUGUAGUGGCGAAACAUGGGGUGUUCAGUGUAAUCAAACAUGUGGGUGUGGUCAAGGGGCCGAUCACUGUGAUCCAGCAACUGGAUGUGUUUGUAAAUCUGGAUACACUGGAGCAAUUUGCAGUGUAGACAUUGAUGAAUGCAGUGAAGAUCCACACAAAUGUAGCAGCAGUGAGACAUGUAGAAAUGUACCUGGGUCAUACACCUGUGAUUGCCAGACUGGUUUCACAAGAAAUAAUGGAGCGUGCGAAGAUGUGAAUGAAUGUUCUAGUCCUACAACCAACAAGUGCACUCAACUGUGUGAAAAUACAGUUGGAGGCUACAGCUGCUCCUGCUAUCUUGGUUUCACAUAUAACAUCACAGACAACACUUGUUCAGAUAUAAAUGAAUGUGAAGUGGGGACAGCCAGAUGUGAACAGAUUUGUGCAAACACUGCAGGAAGUUACAGAUGUUCAUGUUCAGCUGAUCUCAAGCUGUUGCCUGAUGGUUUUACUUGUAGAGCCACAAUACCAUGCACCACCAAAACCACAUGUAGCUACCAGUGUGCUACCAUCAAUGAUACAGAGACUUGCUUGUGUCCUAAAGGAACAACUUUAGCAGCUGAUGGUCUCAAUUGUGAUGAUGAAGAUCUCUGUUCUGAUUCUACUUGCAUAUUUGGGUGUGCUGAAACGUUUGAUAACACAAGUAUUGAAUGUGUUUGUCCAAUAGGAAUGGUAUUGAGUGCUGACAAAUUUACUUGUUUGGAUAUCGAUCUAUGUGUAAACAACACAUGUACUUUUGGGUGUAUAGAAACUAAUGAAAACACUAGCACUAAAUGUGUUUGUCCAGCUGGACAGAAGAUGGACACAGAUGGGGAGACUUGCAUUGCUUGUGUAGAGGGGAGCUGGGGCACUGAAUGUAACAAUACCUGCAGCUGUUCUGUGUUGGGGACAUCAACAUGUGAUAAAGUCUCUGGUACAUGCCAGUGUAAAAGUGGAUGGAGUGGAAUUGAUUGUGACAAAGAUGUUGAUGAAUGUCUCCAGAACACAAAUAUAUGUCCAUCCCAUUCUCAUUGUAACAAUACUGAAGGCGGAUUUCUUUGUCCUUGUGAUGAUGGAUUCUUUCAGAGCAUUACAAAUUGUGAAGCAUGUGUAGAGGGCAGCUGGGGCACUGAAUGUAACAAUACCUGCAGCUGUUCUGUGUUGGGGACAUCAACAUGUGAUAAAGUCUCUGGUACAUGCCAGUGUAAAAGUGGAUGGAGUGGAACUGAUUGUGACAAAGAUGUUGAUGAAUGUCUCCAGAACACAAAUAUAUGUCCAUCCCAUUCUCAUUGUAACAAUACUGAAGGCGGAUUUCUUUGUCCUUGUGAUGAUGGAUUCUUUCAGAGCAUUACAAAUUGUGAAGCAUGUGUAGAGGGCAGCUGGGGUACUGAAUGUAGCAACAACUGCAGCUGUUCUGUGUUGGGGACAUCAACAUGUGAUAAAGUCUCUGGUACUUGCCAGUGUAAAAGUGGAUGGAGUGGAACUAAUUGUGACAAAGAUGUUGAUGAAUGUCUCCAGAACACAACCAACUGUCCAUCCCAUUCUCAUUGUAGCAACACUGAAGGAAGCUUUGAUUGUUUGUGUGAUGAUGGCUUCUAUAGGAAAAAUUCAACAAGUCAGAAUUGUGAAGCAUGUGAUGAGUUUUAUUUUGGCACCAACUGUUCACAACACUGCAUUUGCAACACAAGCCAGCAUGAAUAUUGUAAGAAAACAGACACUGUGUACACAUGUGCGUGUGACAAAGGUUAUGAGAGGAAAUGUAACGCUUGUAGCUGUGAAGAUGUAGACGAGUGUGCAUCAUUGGUAAAGCCUUGUGAGCAGAAUUGUACGAAUUCAAACGGCAGCUUUGAAUGUUCUUGUCAAGAUGGCUACACCAUAAGCCAAACAAACUCUUCAGCUUGCCAUGUUGUCUCCACUCAAGACAUGAAGAUUACCUUCAACAUUGAUGUUGCUAAAUUGAACUUGGAAGACAAAAACAGUGAUGAUUAUAUCAAGACAAAAGUGGAAGUAGAAGAUCAAAUGUUUAAGGAACUGAAAGCUAAAAAAUUACCCGUGGUAAAAGUUAACUGUAAAAAUCUCAGUAAAGGCAGUCUUAUAGCUGACCUGGAAAUCCUCAUAGAUCAGAUUCUACAGAGUUCCCCAUCUCAAGCACUGAUUGAUGCAAUACAGUUAAUUAUGGCACAAGGGCUAACACUAAACAACUCAACCGUAUUGAUCCUAAACUUGAACAUCAAUAACAAGCCAGUUUCUGCUGCAACCUGUACAGUAAGACAAAAGAACAAUCCAUGUAAAACUAAUGAAGAGUGUGUAGAGGUGGAUGGAACAACAGUUUGUGUCAUAAAUACAAAAGAUGAUCUACAGAUAACUCUGGGACUUUCAAUUGGAUUAUCUCUCUUUACUUUAGCUUGUGCCUGUAUUGGUAUAGUUACUUACUGCUGUAUCAAAAAGAAAAUUGGGGAAAAUAAAAUUUAUGUUGGCUUAUAAAAUAAUUUGCUUAGCACUGAAUUAACAUAUGUAAUGCUUGUAUUGAUUGUUUUUUAGGGAAAUUUUAAU